UGCCAAUCCCACUGGAUUUGGGGCGGGCUUUUCCCAACCAGUGACGCAGUCACGUCCACAGCUCCCUGUCGACAUGGCGCAGGGUGAGGGGGAGCACGAAGCGCUGUUGGGAGAACCAACCCUGUAAAAAUAAAUAAAAAGUAGUAACACAUAAAGCGGCGAGAGACGUCCCGGAUCGACCGCACAUCAUCUUUUGAUUUGUAGGCGCCAGUUCAGCUACUGGGUAAAUUCAGAAGACUAAAGAUGAUGUCUGAUGCCAGUGACAUGUUGGCAGCUGCCUUGGAGCAGAUGGAUGGCAUCAUUGCAGGCUCCAAGGCACUAGACUACUCCAAUGGCAUCUUUGACUGCCAGUCUCCGACCUCUCCAUUCAUGGGAGGCUUGCGGGCCCUGCACUUGAUUGAGGAACUGAGGGGGGCCCUGGAGCUUAUGGACUCAGAGGAGAGAGAGGGACUACGCUGCCAAAUUCCCGACACCACCGCAGACUGCCUGGUGGAGUGGCUGCAGGGCCACCUGUCAAAUGGACACAUUUCUGUGACUGGUGACAUUUACCAGGACAGACUUAAUCGUCUUGAAAGUGACAAGGAGUCCCUUGUUCUCCAGGUCAGUGUUUUGACAGACCAAGUGGAAGCUCAAGGAGAAAAGAUAAGAGACCUAGACAUGUGCCUUGAGGAACACCGCGAAAAACUGAAUGCCACUGAGGAAAUGUUACAGCAGGAGCUCCUUCUCAGGUCAGCCCUGGAGACCCAAAAGCUUGAGCUGAUGGCUGAGAUUUCCAACUUGAAACUUAAGCUGACAGCCAUGGAAAAAGACAGGAUAGACUUUGAUGAACGAUUCAGGGAUAGUGAGGGUUUGAUUCUGGAGAUCAAUGAGCUGCGGUAUCGGGUUUCUGAGAUGGACAGUGAACGGUUACAGUACGAGAAGAAACUGAAGUCCACUAAGUCGCUAAUGGCUAAACUGUCUAGCCUGAAAAUCAAAAUGGGCCAGAUGCAGUAUGAAAAACAGAGGAAGGAGCACAAAAUCCAGGCACUCAAGGAGGAGCUGGUUACGUUAAGAAGGCAGCUGGAUGGCAGAGAUGGAGAACUGAGGAGGCUACAGGAUGAAACAGGGUCCAGAUCACCCACGCCUGCAGGCUUAGAAAGCACCGAGAGAGUCUACCAUACAGAGGAAACUUUUAAAAAGAGGCUCAAAGAAAAACACAUGGAAGUGCAGAGAAUGAAGAAGGCAGUUGAAUCACUGAUGGCAGCCAAUGAAGAGAAGGAUCGCAAGAUUGAGGAGCUUCGGCAGUCUCUUAUGCGUUACAAGAAAGUGCAAGAUAUGGUCAUGUCAGUGCAAGGGAGAAAAGAUAAAGUAAAAGAAGGUGAAAGUGAUGAGAGCCACAGUGACAGCUCCCUCUCCAUGUCAACUGCUAUCUCAGUUUCCAUGGACACUGAGAAGUCCCUACUGGGUUAUACUGAGGAAGGGCCUGCAACGAGUCAGGACGAGCCAACUAUGUUUGUCAGUACACUGCAGGUGCCCUCCCUCACGCCAUCUCCACAAGCCAAACAGACUGACGAAGACCUGCAGCCAACGCCGCCACAGAGUGAUGCAGGGCAUCAAGAGCCAAGCCAAUCACAGGAGCCUCCAAUAGAUACCAAACUAGAAACUGCGGAGGUGCCCGGAUCUGGAAGCCAGAGCAACCUGGAUAGCAGUCCUAGUGAAAAGAGACCUUUGGCAGUAGGACCCGCAGAAAGCCGAGCUUUUGAUGAGUUCAACAAAAUUACGACUUUGCCACCAAAGUCCCCCACUAUUUCCCGUACUUCUGAGGAUGACACUUUUGGCACCAAGAAGGCCAGGUCGUCCUUUGGACGAGGCUUCUUCAAGAUCAAAGCGGGGAAGAGAACAGCCAGUGCACCAAAUCUAGCUGAGACUGAGCGUGAAGGUACAGACCAUCUAGACCUUGCCGGAAUGCCACAAAGAUCAGCAAACAGUGACAGCACACACACUCUCCCCAUCUGCCCGGAUGGCAAAAAGAAGUCUAAGGGAAUCAAAGCGUUCAUAGGAAAGCUCAGAAGAAGUCAGUCAACCACAUUCAACUUGGAUGACAACCUUUCAGAGAGCGAGUUCAAACGGGGAGGAAUCCGAGCCACAGCUGGGCCCAGGCUGGGCUGGUCACGAGACCUUCAUAACACCAACAGUGAGCUGGAUGCUCCUUUUGCGCGCUGGUCCCGGGAGCAGGUGUGUGACUGGAUGCAGGAGCAGGGACUAGGGCUGUAUGUGAACCUGGCCAGGCAGUGGAUCUCCUCAGGACACACUCUCCUGCAGGCCUCACAGCAAGACUUAGAAAAGGAGCUGGGAAUCAAGCACCCUCUCCACAGGAAGAAACUGCAGCUGGCCCUGCAAGCACUGGGUUCUGAGGAGGAAGACAACAAAGGCAAACUGGACUACCAUUGGGUAACAAGGUGGCUUGAUGACAUUGGCCUACCCCAGUACAAAACCCAGUUUGAUGAGGGGAGAGUAGAUGGGAGAAUGCUUCAUUACAUGACUGUGGAUGAUCUAUUGUCUCUAAAAGUGGGUAGUGUGCUGCAUCACCUCAGCAUUAAAAGAGCCAUCCAGGUGCUGCGCCUCAACAACUACGAGCCCAACUGCCUGCGCCGCAGACCCUCAGAUGAGAACAAUAUCAGUCCAGCAGAGGUCUCUCAGUGGACCAAUCACCGUGUGAUGGAGUGGCUACGUUCUGUAGAUCUGGCAGAAUAUGCACCCAAUCUGAGGGGCAGCGGAGUCCACGGAGGACUGAUGGUGUUGGAGCCUCGCUUUAAUGUGGAGACCAUGGCUCUGCUGCUGAACAUUCCUCCCAAUAAGACUCUGCUUCGGAGGCACCUGGCCACUCACUUUAACCUUUUGAUAGGCUCAGAGGCGCAGCAGCUAAAGCAGGAGUGUCUGGAAAACCCUGACCAUACUGUGCUUACUGCAACCGCUAAAGUCAAGCCCCGGAAGCUGACAUUUGGAAGCUUUGGGAGGAAGAAGAAGCAGGAGGAGAGUGAGGAAUACGUGUGUCCCAUGGACGUGGAAAUGCCUAAAGGACGCAGCUUCCAGAAGGGCUACAGAGGCAUGGAGCUGCAGAUCUACGAGGAUGAUUUGGACCGACUAGAGCAGAUGGAGGACUCAGAAGGAACUGUGCGACAGAUUGGAGCUUUCUCAGAGGGCAUCAACAACUUGACGAGUAUGCUGAAAGAUGAUGAGCUCUUUAAGGAGAUGUCAACGUCGUCACCCAACCCCAGCGUAACUGAUGAUGACGCCAACAUUUAAGGGCGCUUCCUAGGCUCGCCUGUCCAUAGUGCUACUGUGAUCGGAACUGACUGUGCCAACUCCUCUGCACACCUUGCUCUCUCUCUCUCUCGCUCUCUCUCGCUCUCUUUCUCUCUCUCUCGCUCUUUCGCUCUUUCGCUCUCUCGCGCUCUCUCUCUCUCUCUCU